AAUUGCUGGCAAAAGGUGUAUGUGAAGGAACUUCUCCCUCCUACAAGGAGGCAUCUGAUUUCAAAGCCUUCCAUGUUCUGGACAGUUUGCUUGCAACAGCCGUGGGCCAUAUGGGAUUGGGGCUUUGCUGGUCUACGCAGAUUGUUGAGGCAUCUUCCCAGAACUGCAGUCAUUACUCUUGCUUAGCCCUCAGAUGUGGGAAUGGAUUUAAUCUCUCUAAUUCCUUAACUCUUCGUAUGGCAACAUCAUGUAAUUCAUGGAGGAGGCAACACGUAUUUGCCUAAAUUCAACACUUGGGCCCUGUAUGUAACGCUGGUAGUUUAUUGGUUAAAGCUUUGUGUUGAUUUCUGUAAGAACAUACAAACAAGUAAUUCUUGAUAGAAUUAAUUUGGGUGCAGAAGUUUGUAGUUCUUGCUCACCCCAAAAUAUAGAUUACUGUGAAGUCCUUUGGAGGGAGAGGUUCCGAUUUGCAUGUCCAUACAUGCCAUCCCAUCUCGUUGCUCCAAGACCUAUGGCUGGAUCAGAUCCUGGCGAGUCUUACCUGAUGAAAAAGCAAAAGUUCAAAUAGUGUAAAAACAAUUGCAGAAAGAACGCUUUCAGUUCAGGGAGCUUAGUGACCGGAGGUUGCUCUGCUUAAAUCAUUAGGCUCCUUAUGCCAUCAGCCCGUCUGAUGGGACUGGCUAACUGCUUAAGAUAAGAUAAUAAAGCUGUCAAAUGCUUGUCUGACACAGCAAUAAUUUAAAGAACUGAUAACAGGCAGCGUAGAAGCAACCCUGUUCUCCCUGCCCUGUGGGAAGAGCUCCAUGAUUUUUUCUGACGCUGAAUAGGUGCCUUUUACGGUUUUGUUUCAUCCCUUCCUCCGGCAGCAAGAAAUCAGGCGGCAGCAGCAAUGAGCUACCUGGAUGAAGUUCCCUUCCGAACAGCCACGAGCCUCGAUGGGGACUCAGGGGGAGAAAACACUUUAAUCACCGCCCCAGCCAUCGAGCUCCCCGACUGCACCGACAUCCUCAUGAGCACCAUGCACGACUUCUCGCUGGAAAGAAGAGUGCUUUACUGGGUCGAGGUGGCCUCUCAGCAGCAAACCUCCCGGCAUUGGGUCACCUCCGAAGUCAUCCCCACGGCUCCGCCGUGCUGGCUGCUGCUGGUGGACCCUGCUGACAGCUACGGGGGGAGACCGCGGGACGGGACGGUGCGGCGCUGCAUCAGCAUGAGCGCUGCCGACGGCAGCUACGGGCACCCCAGGGGCAGAGGCACCUUGUCCGACACCGAGAGCGAGACCCGACACUCGGAGGAGGACGACUACUCGGAGGAUGAUGAGUAUUCCUCGACCUCCUGGGAAGAGAAUGAGAGGGAUGAAAAGGUUUCCAGGAGGAGAAACACUGUGAGAGGUAUGGCUCUGCGUCCCGGCUUUUACCAGGCCCGACCAAAGACAUCGCCUGGCUUGCUGGAGCCCUCACCAGAUAAUGGUGGCCGCAACACAGCCAGCCCGAACCUGAGCAAGCAGAGAAGAUCCAUGGUGUUAUUUAACAACAUGAAGAACGAGCUGGAAGCGGCCAGGAGGAAGCUGGCUGCUUUGGUGCAUCCUUUGAACAGAACCACCGUGGAGAGGAGAGGGGUCCCGGUGCCACGGCUGCUCCCCCCACGCCUCCGCACCAGCCGCAGUGUCAAGUACGGGCCAGCCCCGGACGUGUCCCACCUGGGGACCUUAGUGCCAGCUCCUCCGGCCGCGCCGAUCCCCCCCAUCAAGCGGCACAAGCCUACGGUGCCGGGAUAUAAAGACAAGCUUUCUGGGAGCACAUUUACUUGCUCUGUCCUAACCAAAACAUCUUCGUUUUUCCCAACAAACAAGUCCCUCAGCCCCUACGCCUGCCUCCCCCCUGCCUCCACGCCUGCGCAACCUCUCGAUUCCUACAGAUCCCAGUCGGAUUCGGCAGCUGACCUGCUCUCGGCGCUGAGCCAAGAGGAGCGAGACCUCAUCGAGCCUGUUAUAGCCUUGGGCUACCCCAUCCACAAAGCCAUCCUCACCCUCCAGAAGACUGGAAGGCAAAGCUUAAGUCAGUUCCUGAGCUACCUGGGUGCCUGUGACCGGCUGCUGAAGCAGGGCUACGAGGAAGGGCAGGUGGAGGAGGCCAUGGAAAUGUUCCAGUACUCAGAGAAAAAGGCAGCUGAAUUCUUGCACUUGUUAGCUCAGUUUAACGAUAUGGGUUUUCAGCAAAAUGAAAUCAAAGAAGUUCUUUUGCUUUGUGGGAAUCAGAGGGAGAAGGCGCUGGAAGAGCUCGUGAUGAAAGCCCAGUGACCAGCAUCCUGGACCCCAGUCACAGCUUCCCCUCUCCAGACCAGACCUCUGAAGGACCCGGGUGGGUGGGCACACGCGUACCCUUCGGCCGCUCCAUCCCCACCCCGAGCAGCGCGGCUCACCGGGCACAGACCUUCAAAGCACUGGCUUGGUGUCUCAUUUUAUGGAGAUCCAUCCAUCAUAAGCAUGUUUGUCACCGCACUAAGGCAAAGGCUUUAUAGCAGGAGCAUUUAUCUCUUCACCCACACAUCUCCACCCUUGAUCAGCUGUUUAGACUAGAUGCAGUAAGAUCCAAACCGCCUUCAGCUUAGAUUUUGCAAAACCCAAACCACAGUUUUCUCCCUCCACCUGGGGUGAUGGGUGUCAUGUUUUCAACUACAAUCAAGUGUGGCAUCUUCAAAGAUUAUAUAAAUCAACAGAAGAGGUUGUUUUCAUAAAAACUGAAGGCUCCUGCAGAAACGUUUGUUGGUCCUUGCUUGGGAAGAGUCUCAGCUGACUUAGUCAUGGUUGAAUAUUGUCAUUGAAAUUCAGUCUGAUCACAUUAGUGUCUCCUUUUAAACCAGAAACUUGAGUAAAAUACACAAUUCAGUGAGGGUAAGGAAGGAAAACAGGCUGUCCUUGCUUUAGAAAUAUAUGAAGUUUUUCCAGUGCAAUGACAAAUGGCUUAUGCAAGGGUUUAUGCUCAGGGAAUUUAAUGAAAUUGCAACACGGAGACAGGGAACAGCUCGGCUGUCCUUGUGUUCUGCCCAAAUCAGGAAAAUUCAGGGGAUGCUUCCCUAAACUGUGGAGACAGUGGCUCCAAGUGAAGCUAAGCAUCAGUGUCAGGAUCAGGAAAAUCUGGAUGCCCAGGGGAAUUUUUGCAUGUAACUGAAGGACAGAGAAUGGGAGAUUCAGAUCACCUUACGGGAUGCGUCUCUUGGCUUGGCACUGGAACAGCGGACAGUGUUUUCACAUAAAAAUAUAUUCUUUUCCUGUGAAUUAGAUACAGAUGUAAUUUCUUAAAGUAAAGAUGGUUGGAGAGGUUCUUCUGAAA